AAGACUCAUUGAUUUGAAAUAUUUGAAACUUCCCUCCAAAUCUUCCCACCAUCCAAAUUUAUAAAAUUUGAUGUGUUUCUCCUUUUAAACUCUUACAUUCCCUUUCAACUUUUCUAAUGUGGGAUUCUUUACAUUACUAACUAUCUCUAACAUAGCUGCUGACACCUAUCACUUUGUCAAAUAUUUUUUGAAAAACUCAGCUUGUGUGUCCCACAAACUGUUUUUGUGUUACCUUCUUAUUGGGUAUACACACCACAUGAUAGUGUCACUUGGUGUGUUAAAUCCAUACAAAAUUUUCUUCAAUAGUAGGACGUGUAAAUGUACUGAAUUGAGCUGAGCAUAUCAGACUAUUCAAGAUAUUAUUUAGGCUCGACUAAUUCAUUUGUGAAGUAAUAGUGUUUGGGAUACGACCUUCAAGUAACUUGUUCAAGUCUGGCACAUCAAGUUUUUGUUCAAAGUCUGGCUUAGCUUGGGUCAAUUAGAGAGCUCCAACUUAAACUCGAGUUAAAGCUCACAUUCAAAUCAAGUUUGACUCAUUUGUGCAUAUUUGAUAUAUAUAUGCAAUUAUAUUAUAAUACUUUUUCAAUAAUAUGUAUGUUUAUAAUCCUAGCAAGGUGAGAAGACAUUGUCCCGAACUUGUCUUGUACGAGUAAUAUCAUAUUUUCAGACAUGGACAAUUGUUAGUACAUAUAUAUUAUAAAAAAAUUGACUAUACCCUCUAGUUAGGACAACAAGGAAAAUUGUUGACGUUGACGUUGACUAAUCCAACUUACUAGGAGGAGGUUUACAAAAUUGUACACAACCAAUAUUGAUACCCAAUUACAAUGAAAAGUAGACUCAGAGGACUCAACAAAGCCAGCUGAAGAGACUUGCCACAAUUUGAGCAUAGUUAUCUACUACUUCCUCAAGUGUCAAAGUUGUGUUUUAAUGGCUACCAAAGGAAGAAGAAUGAGAGUACUUCUUCUUUAUUUGUCAAGCUUUUUUUUGUUCUUCAAUUUCAGCCCUGCAUACUCGGAGACAGACACAAUCUACUUAGGUCAACCGCUCAGAAAUUGGGAACAGUUAAUUUCAAAAAAUCAGGUCUUCAAGUUGCAAUUCUUCAGCUCUGGGAUGAUUUCAAGGAGCUAUUAUGUAGGCAUAUUUUACAACAAGGAGCAAAGAACCGAGAAGGCCGUGUGGAUGGCAAACCGAGACAACCCUAUCCCCGAUGCAUCUGGGAACCUGAUCAUCGACUUUGAUGGCCGUUUGAAAAUUUCAUAUAGUGGGGGCCGCAGUGCUAUUGUAUUUAAUUCUCUUCCGGCAAACAGCAAUGCAAGUGCUACACUGCUAGAUUCAGGCAAUUUUGUAUUCAGAGAACUCGAUUCAAAUGGGUCUGUAACGCAAGUUUUGUGGGAAAGUUUUGAUUAUCCUACCGACACGCUUCUACCAGGAAUGAAACUUGGUAUCAACCUCAAAACUGGGCAUACAUUGUCGCUAACUUCUUGGAGAAGUGAUGAGGUACCUGCCUCAGGGUCUUUUACCUUUGGUGUAGAUUCCAAUGGUACGGGACAACUUGUAAUCUGGCGGCUAGGGAAUGUCUACUGGACUAGUGGGCUAUGGAGCAACGGGAGCUUUGACAAUGUCCGCCAAUUGUCCUACGAAGACUACUACAACUUCAGCUAUGUCUCCAAUGAGAAUGAGAAAUACCUCAGCUACUCGGUGAAUGAAAUCAGUACUUCACCAAUGUUCUACAUAGGACCAGAUGGUCAAAUGAGAGGCGACGAAGGGAUAGCAUCUAUUGGUGGGUGUCAUUUGCGUAACCAUCUUGGGUGCAAAAUGACCGGAAACUCGCCAGAGUGCAGGAAACCAAACUACUUUUUAGUAGCAAAAGCAAAAAGCAUAGUUGGUGAUGGAUUCAAGUACGAUAAAAGCUACAACUUGAGUGAUUCUGAUUGCAAGGAAAUAUGCUGGAACAAUUGCUCUUGUGUUGCCUAUGCUACUAACAACGGAACCGGAUGUGAGAUUUGGGUUCAAGGAAUGAGUUUCGAAGAACAUUUUGGCACUUACGACGACAGACAGUUUUAUUUUCUUUAUUCAAAAAGAGGAAGGGAUGUGGCUCUGAUGCCGUCGUUGGUCGCACCGAGGAGAGCCUGGGAAGAGGGGGUUUGAGCAAAGAGGAGAGGACAAGGGAGGAAGGGAGGGGAGGGAAUGGAGAUAUUCCUAGGAGGGUUGUUUGACUAUGGGUUGCCAACAGUGGCAGAAGGGUGGUGAGAGAAAGGGGCAAUGAAGUUGUUACUUAGAGAAAGAAAGAGGGGAGAGGGGGUUGCUAAUGGAGAGAGAUGAUGAAGAAGAGAAAAAGGGGGCAAUGACAUUGUUGAGUCAGAGACAGAGAGUGAGAGAGAGGCAACAAGACGGCUCCAUCUCUGGCGAAGACCUUCAUCUCCGGCGAAGCAGAAAGAAGUGGUGGAUAUGGCUGCUCACUGCAAUGGG